AUCAGCUCAGUAGCAGUGUUAUCAGAGCAGCAUGGAGAUCGUCAAACUGGGUCUUGUCCUUAUGCUUUUCACUGGGAUGACUGGGGCAGCGCGUCUGACCUGCGGGGAGCGGCAGGUUAGAAUCAAGGCCCGUUCCGGUGACGCCAUCGAUUUGCCCUGCCUGUUCACUUGGCACGGUGGGGCUCCCGGGGAGCACAUGGUGGUGUGGCAGCUCAGAGGGGGAGAGCAGGACUCGCUGGUGUACGGCCGGGAGAGCCACUUGGAAAACCCGGAGCGGGGGCCCCGGUUCGGGAACAGGACGGAGCUGGAGCGGGGCUGGUUUGCAGAGGGAGACGCCACCCUGAGCCUGAGCAGCCUUGUCCUGAGUGACGGGGGACUGUACACCUGUCAGGUCACCACCAUGAACCCGCACAGGAGGAAGGUGUGCGCAGAGGUGACAUUAACCAUCCAGAAAGGGCCAGGCACGGGGAAUCACACAGGUGAUCCCUCUGUCUCACAACAGCAUCACCGUCAGGGGAAUUCAACAACCGAGCGCUUGGAACUGGCUGCAGAGCGCGAUCCACAUCACGUGAAAUUACAUGGAGCCUGGAAUGGGAGCAGCCGGAACCGAGCCCCCAUUCCUUUGCUGUUUUCCCAAGUUCUGAUCCUUCUGUUCCUGGUCCUCCAAGUCUGCUAAUACCUUUGAUUCUGAAGGGAAUGGACACGUCGGAAGAUCGGCUGAAAAAAAAUUAAUUUUUAUCGCUGCGUUAGUUACUUUUCUGGAGCAGAAAUCCAGGAUGAUUCCCUCGCUGAAUAAUGCAGUUAUUCACUGGACAGUGAACAGGAGCGGGAAUACUGACUGAUUUCAUCAAUCAAUCAUGCAGGGAUUGAGUGAAAAGUGACCAGGAGCAGGAAUCCUGGCAGAUUUGAACACUAUGUACCCCAGUGACUCGCUCGCCUCCCUGCAAUGAACUUAACCAGCAACACCCAGCAAUCCU